AUGGCCGCGAGAGGCAUCUCCGCCCCAGCCGAUGCGAAUGCGAAUCAAGCCUCGAGAUCCUCCUCUGAGCCCAGCGGUAGCAGUCGGAGGAGUAGCCGUCACAGCAACGACAACAACAACAACGACAACGACAACGACAACGACAACAGAUCCUCGUCUUGGCCCGGCCGUGGGAACCCAACUUCCCCAUCGCCCUCCGCCUCUCCCACCGCCUCUCCCGCUGCCUCUUCCUCUGCCUCUUCCUCUCUAUCGGAUCCUGGCACUCCCUCUCCCUCACCCUCUGCCUUACUACGCGGCUCCUCUCCCUCGGGUUCAUCCUCACCCUCGGGUUCAUCCUCCGGAGAUGCGGUCGAGGAUAUACCCGUCGCACGACCACGCCCCCGCCGCACGCGGAUGUGGUUUAGCAUCGCCUUCCUCGCUUUCUUCCUACUUAACGCCCUCACUCAAUUCGCCUCCUCCCGUGCGGAUCCUCCCAAGAUGGCCGCCCCUCAAACAUGCCCCCCUCCGACGUGGUCCCCACCCUGCCAUCACUUCCCCAUCGUCGACCGCCUCGUUUCCAUCUACGCUCGUGCUAUCAAGGAUAGUGCUCCUCCCGCCCUGAUUACGUCCGAGGACUUCUUCACCUACACCCCUCCUACUCGUCAAACCUACCAGCAAGUCCUCGAACUCUUGAACAACACCGACUCCUGGUUCGCCUCGAAGUUGACGGAUCUUCUGUACGCUCCCUUUGUACCGCUCUUUGAUGCUCGCUCGGACUCACGCUACAUCUCGAUGCUACCCUCUCCCGAGGUCGUGACCGUGGAUCAAUGUCGCGAAGCCACGACGGCCCCUUGGAACACAAUCCUAACGCAGUCGUAUGGAACAUACAUAUACUGUCGGGUAUUCCGCCCGUCCCCUCCCCACGCCCUCGCGUGGACGGCGCGAUUCCUCCACGCCUGGAUCCGCGACAUCACCGACCACAUCCCGCGGUGGAAGCCCGAUCCCAUGGAAGACUUGCUCAUCAACGUCGUCCAGCACAACCAGCGCUGCCUCACCGAUAUCCUCAAUCACCUGGCUCCGAUCCUGGAUGCCUCGCCGCCCGAGCUCCUCGCCCACCCGUCCAUGGUCAUCCUCUUCGAAUCCCUCCGCGCCAUCGAACUGCGACUGAUCCUCCAAGCCGCAAGCCUCUCGGUCGAAUACGCCGACCUCGACGCCUACAACCACUUCCUCCACCACCUCGACGCACGCGCCCGGUCCGAAGUCUUUGCGAAACUCACCUCCGCCCCUCCUGAGCACUCCUCCUCCCCCGCCGAACAUGAAGUCACUCUCCACGACUGGCUGUCGGUCGUCUGGCGAGGCCGCAUCAACGACCUCUUCGACGCCUUCAACACCCACCACUCCUGCAACGUCCGGAAGCUCGCCAUCCGCCGCUAUCAACUCGAAACCUGGUCCCAUUGCGACAUGUACCUCCAGUCCCAACCCCGACCAUCCUCCUCCUCCUGCAUCCCCGACUCCUCCGCCCCGGCCGACUCCUUCCUCGCCAAAUGGUACACCACCAACCACUGGAUCCAUCCCGCCUCCCACCUCAUCAGCGACAACCACCACGAACUCCUCCUCUUCCCUGGUGUCCUAACCCCGCCGCGUAUGUCUCUAGCCGAGCGACAGCGAUUCCGCGCGGCGUGGGAAGACCACAGGCAGCCGCCGGGACCCAUGGCGUCCCGGGAGUGGGCGGGACGGCAGUGUGUGGAAUUCCGCGCUCCGCUGCGGACGGAGGGGGAGAGAUCAGACCGAGAAAACGGAACAGGUUAG